ACUUUAUUGUAGUGUUUCAAGGUAGGAUGUGCCAUUUAAAAAAAUCGAUGUGAUUGAUUUCUAAUAUCAUGAACAUAAGAAAUGUUUUCCAUUUAAGUGACAUAAGUUGAUGCAAGUAUCAUUUUGUCUUUGUUCCUCACUGAAUGCCAAGAAAGAUAGAGUGACGUUUGUGUCGACUUGUGUCACUAAAUAGAAAGCACUCAAGAAGUCCUUAUUUUUCAAAAAGCAUCUAUGAAUAUGAAUGUUACCAAAUAGUAUUCAUAAAAAAGAAAUCAAUAUCAAGUUUAAUGAACUUUGUUCGGAUUGGUCAAAUUCCAAUCUAAUGUCAGUCUUUAAUCUAAUCCAGGCAUAAUGUAUGAAUAUCAGCCUUUAGAGCGCGACUCAAGCUCAAACCGUGCGAUGCGAGUCGUAAUAGCGAAUCGCGGAAGCAGCUGUAAUCUGUAGCCUAUAGCAGCUGAUGUGUAAAGAUGGCCGAUACCGAUAUAAAUGAUACAAACGGAUAGGCGAAUUUGGCGAAUAACGCCGAUCAUUUAACACGUAGUACAUAAUGAAGAAGUGAGUUUUAUACGUUAAAAUCGUGAUUCGAGUUUCGAUCGAGUUUUCGAUGAAUACAGGCAAAUUUGUCACCAUCAUCGAUUCGGCGAUGCCGAGACGGUUGUUUCGUCUGAAAAGAAGAAGCCGGAGGAGCGUUGAAAAAGCGACGAGAUGAACAUGAUAAAAACAAGACGGCAAGACGCGACAAUUGCUUUUUCUACGACGAUACUACGGCUUCGCCAUGUUCCAGAUGUUCCACAUUGCCGAUAUUGUAGACGUUACGGGUGUUGCAAUUAGAGUCUAAAGUCGAGAGUUUAAAGAAGUCGGUUACCUGGGCGGUUACCUUUCCAAGGCUUUGACGCUCUUCAACGCUCUUGUCGAUACAAUGGCUUACGAUCCACGUAACGUGAAAUAUUCGCCAAAUACUCAUCAGCAUACGCGACCUGGCAUGACUGGAUAUACUUAUUCUGGCCAUCCAUCACAACAUUUUCAACAAACGGAUGAAAACCGGAAUGAAAAUAAUUUGCGUAGCAAGGAACUCUGCCCACAAAUCUCGCAACAGUCAUCUGGUACUCAGACUGUACAAAAAGUAGAUGCAGCGACUAUGACGGAUCCUCUGCAAAUUGAUUUUAGACUUACUUCUGAAUACUUGGCGCGUUGUUCCAGUACAUUAGGAUUACCAUAUGUAACCAAAUAUGAGGAUCGUAAUCCUACCACCAAUUGUCAAGAAGUAAGACCAAAAAUUGAAUUUGAAAUUGAACCGCAGCAUAUCAAUGGUAUAUUGGUUUACCAUUGCCCUGAGUGUGCAUAUAGAUUUGACGAUCGAGAAGCACUUCAUGAACAUCUAGAAGAUCAUAAACAGAGACCGCAUAUCUGUGAUAUUUGUGGGGCAAGCUUGAAACGUAAGGAACACUUGGAUCGUCACAAGCAAGGUCAUAAUAAAGACAGACCUUAUCAAUGCAAUAUGUGUUGUAAAGCAUUUAAACGUAACGAACACUUGGCACGUCAUAUGAUAACUCACUCAGGUAGCAAAAAUCAAAUUUGUACGGAAUGUGGCAAAGCUUUCUAUAGAAAAGAUCACCUGAAGAAACAUUUGCAAAGUCACAACAGUGGUCGAGGUAAACAUUUAAAUAUUUCGCAAAACAACCCCAACGAUCAGCAGCCGAGUGAUCAAGGGCUGAGUAGUUUCGCAAUGAUGAUGAGGCAGUCUGGACCUCCGCCAUUUUCAAUUUUACGAACAUAAUUUUACAAACAAAAUCUUGUAAUUAUAUAACAUAUUUUUAUUUCCGUCUGCGAAGCUGGAGGAUAUCUUCGCUAUUUGUUUCAUAUAUAGAUCGUUUAAUUGUAUAAACUGUAAUAAGAAUGAGUUUUAUCCGAUAUACUUUGUGAAAUGAUUCAAAAUAAUUUGUUAUUAAUAUAAGAAUCCAUGUUUCUAAAGGAGUAUAUUUUAUUGCUAUAUAUUUUGUUAAUAAGAGGGUAAGGCUACGCGAUAAUAUUAUCGAUUUUGUAAUGUUCUUUUUAUAAUACAUUGUGUAGAAAAUUGUAUAUUGAGAAUGUACCUGUUGGGAUUUUUUGAGAUUCAUGUUAUUGCAUUAUAUGUAAUUCUUUAACUUUUAGAAAUAAUCUUGAUAUUCAAAAAUAGAAAUAUCUCAUGAAUUUCACUUGUACAAUAUAAACAAUUACGUUAUAUCAUUGCUAAAUAUUAUGCUAGAUUGUUUAAACAAAAUCGAAUCGGAAUUUUAUUCCGACUUGGCCUUUAUUGCUGUUUAUAAUGCAAAGCGAUAUUCUUUGUUCCUUCAGGAUUUAUAUGUACACGCGCGCACAAACACACACACACACACACACAUACACACACAUGUGCAAAUUCACAAACUAGACAUUACAAGACAAUAGAAAUGAAGACAAUGAAAUAUAUGAAAUCUUAAUGAUAAGAGAAAUCGAAAGGGAAAUGAAAGAGAAGAAAAGAAGAUAAUACUAGUGAUCAAUGGAUAAUAUUAAGUUGACGUAACACAAUAAACAAUAUACAUUAUAUGA